CCCAGUUUCCCAUUAUAUUAUAAUAAUAUACAUAUAAAUAUGUAACCUUUCCAUGGCACCUGCACAUGUGGGUCGAAGGAGCAGAUUAAGGAGUAGAGAAGAGUAUGCUUAGCACACUAGGAAGAAGUCUGAACCAGUGCUUCUCCAGGCUUAUGCGGCCAUUAAUAUCACCUGAAGCUUCGUCUGCUUCUUCCAUCAGCACUCUUCAAGACAACCCUAUUUCGCCCGCCACCCCGUCUUCUUCUGUAUUCAUAAAAAACUUCAACUCUUAUGACCCGACCUCGGAUCAUUCCAUCAACGCCGGCAAUGACCCAGACUUGGCCACCGCCUUCGCCUCCCGACGCUUCUUCUUCUCCUCACCCGGCCGCUCUAACUCCAUCGUGGAAUCCUCCGCCGCCGCCGGUCAGAAAAAGAAGGUCUUCGACAAUAGCGUGGCCGUCCCCACCUUCUCGCCGGACCCUUAUUUGGACUUCCGACGAUCCAUGCAGGAGAUGGUGGAGGCGCGUCCGGAGCUGAGGGAUGUGAACUCCAACUGGGAAAUCUUGCAUGAGCUUCUUCUCUGUUAUCUUGCUCUGAAUCCCAAACACACCCACAAGUACAUUGUGGGUGCUUUCGCCGAUCUUCUCGUCAACCUCAUGCCAUCCCCGCCUCCUCCCUCGGGUAGCAUCGCCGCCGGCGUGGGUGCCACCUAAUCCACAGUUUUUUAGUCAGUUCGUGAUUAAGAUGGACUUAUCCUUGUGGGAAAUUACCCGAACCUGGAGAAAUUAAAAGGUGAUAACCCCUC